AUGUCUAGCAACCAUGACGGGGUUCCUUUGUCGCCUAUCUCUCUCACGGAUGUAGAGUAUCCAGCCUGGUGCCAAGAUGAGAGUGCACCGGUGACCAAGGAGGAGAUCAGAGCAGUGUUUGACGAUUUGGCAAGGAAAUUUGGGUUCCAGCAGUCGAGCAAAGAGAACAUGUUUCAUCAUCUUCUGGCGCAACUGGAUUCCCGUGCAAGCAGAACCAACUGCGAGAGCGCGCUAUACUCUUUGCAUGCAUCCUAUAUUGGUGGUGAGCAGUCCAACUACAAGAAGUGGUUUUUUGCAGCUCAGAUGGAUCUAGACGAGGAGCUGGGCUUCGCAAAUAUGAAGCUGCAUGGCAAAUCGAGACACAGAAAUCUCAAAUUCGCCAAGAAACGUGGUAUCUCCAUCAAGGAGCAACUAAGAGACUGGGAAAAGAACGAGCAGGACUUCAUCAAUAAUCUGCCAACCUUGAUCACAAAUGAGAAUUCUGAGAUUUCUGGGAAAAAUUGUACGAGUUCAACCGAUUAUAAAUGGCGUUUGAAGAUGAAAAUGUUAUCACAUCGCGAUUUGAUUCGGCAACUGGCUCUCUAUCUGCUUUGCUGGGGUGAGGCGAAUCAAAUCCGAUUUGCUCCUGAAUGUUUGUGUUUUAUUUUCAAGUGUGCUUUGGAUCUUGAUAAAAAUUCAUCUUUAUCAAUUAAAAUGAUAAAUUCGCACGAAAAACAAAAAUAUGAUCAAAAUGAAACCUUGUAUGAAAAUCAAAACAGCAACUCAGAUGAAUUUGAACAUGAAAAAAAAGAUUAUGACGAUCAAUACCGAUUUCUGACCGAAAUUAUCAAUCCUUUAUACAACUUCUUAAGGGAUCAGCUGUAUAACAAAAAUUCAAGAGGAAAAUGGAUAAAAGAAAAGGAUCAUAAGGAUGUUAUCGGUUACGAUGAUAUAAAUCAAUUGUUUUGGUAUCCUGAAGGGAUUGAAAGUAUUGUUUUGCAGAAUGGGGAUAGGUUAAUUGAUAAACCGUUACAGGAAAGAUAUAAUCAUUUGAAAAAUGUCGAUUGGUCAAAGGUUUUCUAUAAAACUUAUACAGAAACUAGAAGUUGGAUGCAUUGCGUAACAAAUUUUAAUAGAUUUUGGAUUAUACAUCUUUCAUCGUUUUGGUUUUUCACAAGUUUCAAUUCACCAACAUUUUAUACCAAGGAUUAUGUUCAAUUAUUGAACAAUCCGCCAACAGCCCAGGCAAGAUUAACGGUUAUGGCAUUUGGUGGAUCAAUUUCAUGCUUAAUUCAAAUUUUUGCUACAAUUUUUGAAUGGAGAUUCAUUCCCCGUGAAUGGCCUGGUGGUCAACACUUAUCAAAAAGAAUGAUUACAUUAUGUUUUUUUUUCCUUUUAAAUUUUGGUCCAUCAGUCUAUAUUCUUGGAUUUUUUGAACUUGAUGUUCAUUCAAGAUCUGCUUAUAUUCUUUCCAUUAUUCAAUUGAUUAUUGCAUUAAUAACAACAUUUUUUUUUGCAACAAGACCUUUGGGAGGACUAUUUGGAUCCUAUCUAAAAAAAGGUCAAAAGAAAAGAAGAUAUUUUGCAUCACAAACAUUUACUGCAUCUUUUCCAAAACUUUCUGGUAGAAGUACAUGGUUCUCAUACGGAUUAUGGUUUUUCGUUUUUUUGGCAAAAUUUAUUGAAUCAUAUUUUUUUUUGACUUUAUCAUUAAGAGAUCCUAUAAGAGUACUUUCAAUUUUAAAUCUAUCAAGAUGUAAUGGUGAUUCUUUGAUGAAAAACUACCUUUGUAAAUGGCAAUCAAAAAUUACUCUGGGAUUAAUGUUAUUAACUGAUUUGACAUUAUUUUUCUUGGAUACUUAUCUUUGGUAUAUCAUUUGCAAUUGCGUUUUUUCAAUAAUGUUAUCAUUUUCAUUAGGAACAUCAAUUUUAACUCCAUGGAAAAAUAUUUAUUCAAGAUUACCAAAACGAAUUCAUUCAAAGAUUUUAGCAACAUCAGAUUUAGAUAUCAAAUUCAAACCGAAAAUACUUGUUUCUCAAAUUUGGAACGCAAUUAUAAUAUCAAUGUAUCGUGAACAUUUAUUAUCUAUUGAACAUGUUCAAAAAUUAUUAUAUCAACAAAUUGGAUCAAUAAAUUCUGAAAAGAGAACAUUGAAAUCACCAACUUUUUUCGUUUCACAAGAUGAUUCAAAUUUUAAAUCAACUGAUUGUUUCCCAUCUAAUUCAGAAGCUAAAAGAAGAAUUUCAUUUUUUGCACAAUCAUUAUCAACACCAAUUACUGAAGCCGUUGCAGUAGAAAGAAUGCCAACAUUUACAGUACUUGUACCUCAUUAUUCAGAGAAAAUUUUAUUAAAUCUAAGGGAAAUUAUUAAAGAGGAAUCAAAUCAAAGUAGAAUAUCAAUUUUGGAUUAUUUAAAACAAUUACAUCCUCAAGAAUGGGAAUAUUUUGUUCGUGAUACAAAACUUUAUAGCAUGGAGAAAGAUGCUUUAAAAUAUGGUAAGGAUGAUAGAGAUUCAAAACAAAAUUAUCAAGUUAAUGAUGAUGAAAUAGAUGAAAGUGAAUUGAAUGAUAAUUCAAAAACAUUCAUAAACUCUCUAAUGAAACAAAAAUCAAAUAUAGAUGAGAUCACAACGACAAGUGGAAAGUCAUCUAAAAAACCGGAUGAAUUCGAUGAUAUGAAAGUUAAUCAUAAAGAUCUAAGUUUAGAUUUUGUGCAAAGAGAGAAUAAUGAUUUACCAUUUAAAGUAUUUGGAUUCAAUUCAAGUGAAUUUUCAUUCACAUUAAGAACAAGAAUAUGGUCUUCACUUAGAACACAAACUCUUUAUAGAACAGUCUCAGGAUUCAUGAAUUAUUCAAGAGCAAUCAAAUUAUUAUUUAGAGUUGAAAAUCCAUCAAUGAUUCAUUUAUAUGGAAAUAAUUUAGAUGCACUUGAGAAUGGUUUAGAGAAUAUGGCUAACAGAAAGUUUAGAAUGCUGGUUGCAAUGCAAAGAUAUGCAAAAUUUAAAGAAGACGAAAAAAUGGGAGCCGAAAUUUUAUUAAAAGCAUACCCCAAUAUGAAUAUUUCAUAUCUAUUGGAGGAAAAACAAUUAGAUAAUGAUGAAAUUAUUUAUUAUUCGUGUCUAACAAAUGGAUAUGCCAAGAUAAAUGAAGAAACUGGGUUAAGGGAGCCUUUUUUCAAGAUAAGAUUGUCUGGUAAUCCUAUUCUUGGUGAUGGUAAAUCAGAUAAUCAAAAUCAUUCAAUUAUAUUUUAUCGAGGUGAAUAUAUUCAAGUUAUAGACGCAAAUCAAGAUAAUUAUUUGGAAGAAUGCCUAAAAAUUCGAUCAAUCUUAAGUGAUUUUGAGGAAAUGAAUAUAUCCACAACUAAUCCUUAUAUACCUGGAUUGGAUUCUUAUAAAUUACCAUCACCAGUUGCAAUAGUUGGUGCAAGAGAAUACAUUUUCUCAGAAAAUAUUGGUGUUUUAGGUGAUAUUGCAGCUGGUAAAGAACAAACUUUUGGAACAUUAUUUGCAAGAACAUUAGCUGAAAUUGGAGGUAAGCUUCAUUAUGGUCAUCCUGAUUUUUUGAAUGCCAUAUUUAUGACAACAAGAGGUGGACUAUCAAAAGCACAAAAGGGGCUUCACUUGAAUGAAGAUAUUUUUGCAGGGAUGAAUGCCUUAUGUCGCGGAGGAAGAAUUAAGCAUAGUGAUUAUUAUCAAUGUGGAAAGGGAAGAGAUCUUGGCUUUGGAACGAUUUUGAAUUUUACAACUAAAAUUGGCGCUGGAAUGGGUGAACAAUUACUAUCACGAGAAUAUUAUUACUUGGGUACUCAGUUACCAAUUGACAGAUUUCUUUCAUUUUUUUAUGCACAUCCUGGGUUUCAUUUGAAUAAUUUGUUCAUUUCAAUAUCAGUUCAACUUUUUUUUUUAUUUGUAAUAAAUUUGGGAUCAUUAAACCAUGAAACUAUUUUAUGCAAGUAUAACAAGGAUAUGCUCAUUACUUCAUUGGAACAACCGAUUGGGUGUUACAAUAUUCAACCUGCGUUGCACUGGGUAUCAAUUUUUGUUCUCUCAAUUUUUAUUGUAUUUUUUAUAGCAUUCGCACCCUUAUUAAUACAGGAAUUACUGGAGAAAGGAAUUUGGAGAGCAACAUCACGGUUUUUCCAUCAUUUAUUUUCUAUGGCACCGUUAUUUGAAGUUUUUGUUUGUCAAGUGUACUCAAAUGCAUUGGUUGGAGAUAUAACUUUUGGCGAUGCAAAGUAUAUCCCCACUGGAAGGGGAUUUGCAAUAUCAAGAAUAAGCUUUUCUAUUUUAUACUCUCGAUUUGUUAACACAGCAAUUUAUUCAGGAAUUCAAGUUUUUUUAAUGCUGAUAUUUGGCAUUGUUUCUAUGUGGCAACCAGCUUUACUAUGGUUUUGGAUAACCGUUAUUUCUAUGUGCUUUGCACCAUUCAUUUUUAACCCACAUCAAUUUGCAUUUUCAGAUUUUUUCAUUGAUUAUCGAAAUUUAAUACAUUGGAUUUCCUCAGGCAAUGCAGCAUAUAAGAAGGAAUCGUGGAGCAAUUUUACAAAACUUGGUAGAGCAAGAUUUACUGGUUUCAAGAAUAAAUUUAUUGAUGAUGAUUCAGAACAAGGUAACUCUUCACCGGGAAAAAGACCGAGGUUCAAUAAUGUGUUUUGCAUCGAACUAAUGAUACCAUUAUUCUUCCUCUUUUUCAAUUUUACAGCCUACACAUUUAUUAAUGCUCAAACAGGCGUUAAAGAUACAACACCAACCGAUACAGUUUUGAGAUUACUAAUAGUGACACUUUUCCCUAUUCUAUUGAAUGCAAUCGUCUUAUUUUUUUUAUUUGCAUUAUCAUUUUUAACUGGUCCAUUACUUUCGAUAUGUUGCCAAAAUACUGGGUCUAUAAUGGCAUUUUUUGCUCACGGUUGUUCAAUUAUUUUUUAUUUGAUUGAUUUCGAAUUAAUUUGGGUUUUAGAAGGCUGGAGUUUUGCUCGCACUCUCAUGCUGUUGAUUGCUACGAUUAAUUUACAAAAUUUUAUUUUUAAAAUUAUAUCUAUUCUCCUGUUAACCAAAGAAUUCAGAAAUAGCAAGUCACAUUUAGCAUGGUGGACAGGCAGGUGGUAUAACACAGGAAUGGGGUGGUCAGUAAUUCUACAGCCAAUACGCGAGUAUUUUGUCAAGAUAAUGGAGUCAAGUUUUUUCGCUGGUGAUUUUUUCCUUUCCCAUUUUUUGCUUUAUAUUCAAACUCCAAUAGUACUCAUUCCAUUUGUCGAUUAUUGGCACUCGAUGAUCCUUUUUUGGUUAAAACAAACUAGUUUAUUGACAAACAGCAAGAAAAUAUAUCCAAGAAAGAUGCAGAAACAGAGAAAUAAAAUCGUACGGCAAUAUUUUACACUUUAUUUUUUAAUUCUAAGCUUCCUUUUAAUAUUGAUCAUCGCACCUUUCUACGCCGAUAAACUGAUAGCUGAACCAUCUCAACUGUUGAAGGGCACGUCAUUUACCGGUUUAAUUCAGCCUAAAAACCAGAAUAACAAUGACACGGGUCCGGAUGCCCCAACAACAAUACUAACAACUACGCCACCUUAUCCGCAAUUUAAAACUGUCCCUUGA